AUGGCUACAAGCAAGUUCAUGGACUGGUAUGGAAACUACUCUUCUGUGACCACAUUUAUUCUCCUGGGUCUCUCAGAUGAAAAGGAGCUGCAGCUCAUUCUCUUUCCAAUCUUCCUAGCAACCUACCUUGUGACCCUUAUCUGGAACCUGAGUCUCAUUCUUCUCAUCAGGAUGGACAUCCACCUGCACACACCCAUGUACUUUUUCCUCAGUUUUCUCUCAUUUAUUGACAUCUGCUUUGCUACUUCCAUCAGCCCAAGAAUGCUUUCAGACCUCCUAAAAAAGGAAAAAUCAAUUUCUUUCAUUGCCUGUGCUACUCAGUAUUUUUUUGUGGCCUGGAUGGCUCUGGCUGAGUGCUGUCUGUUGGCCGCUAUGGCCUAUGACCGAUAUGUAGCUAUUGGUCACCCUCUGCAGUACUCAACCAUCAUGGCUCCUGGCCUCUGUAGGAAGAUGGUAGCUGGGGCCUAUGUGAGUGGUUUGAUUAGUAGUUUCACUCAAACAUUCCCUUGCUUCCAUCUUUCCUACUGUGGGCCAAAUAUCAUUCAGCAUUUCUUCUGUGACGUGCCUCAGAUAAUUUCCUUGUCUUGCUCCAAUCCCUUCAUCAGCCGAAUGACUGUCCUUUUGGUAGCUACUUUUGUUGGGCUUGGCUCUUUCCUUAGUAUCCUCUUUUCUUAUGGUUUCAUUGUGGCUUCCAUCUUGAAAAUAUCCUCAGGGAAAGGUAGUGCCAAGGCCUUUAAUACCUGUGCUUCCCACCUGGCAGCGGUAACACUCUAUUAUGGUACAGCCUUGUCUGUGUAUUUGUUUCCCAAGUCUGAUCAAUCCAUGAAGCAGAAUAAGGUGCUAUCAGUGUUCUAUUCCAUCCUCAUUCCCCUGUUGAAUCCUCUGAUCUAUAGCCUGAGGAACAAGGAGAUCAAAGCAGCGCUCAAGAGACUUAGAAAGAGAACAACAGGCAUGCCUCAGUUAGACUAA